AUGUCUCUGGACAGAGAAGAUGGCAGCACGGCGGCGGACGCAGAACCCAGUGAGAACCUGGACACGGACCCAGGUGAAGAUACGGGCCCUGGUGAGAAAGUGGACACGGGGGCAGAUGUGACACCUGGUGAGAACGUGGACUGGUUGGGGGACAGAAACCCCGCCUUCCUGGAGUCCGCUGCUAAACAUUUAGCGCUUCUGGCUUUGAUGGAGAGGACGGGCUACGAGAUGCUACAGGUGAACGGACAGAGGACGUAUGGUCCCCCGCCAGGGUGGGACGGCCCACCGCCCCCUCAUGGCUGUGAGGUAUUUGUGGGGAAGAUUCCCAGAGACAUGUAUGAAGACGAGCUGGUCCCUCUGUUUGAGCGCGCUGGACAAAUCUAUGAGUUCAGACUGAUGCUGGAGUUCAGUGGAGAGAACCGAGGCUACGGCUUUGUCAAGUUCAGCAGCAGAGACGAGGCUCACAGAGCAAUCCAGCUGUUGGAUAACUCAGAGGUUCGUCCGGGAAAGUUUAUCGGUGUGUGUCCCAGUGUGGACAACUGCCGUCUCUUCAUCAGCCCCAUCCCCAGAGACGAGACGAAGGACCACAUCCUGGAGGAGAUGAAGACAGUCACAGACGGUGUAGUGGAUGUGAUUGUCCCUCUGAACUCUUCAGAUGAAGGAAUCAGAAAUCGUGGAUUUGCUUUCAUCGAAUAUGAAUCCCACAAAGCUGCAGCCCUGGCGAGGAGGAAGCUGAUCACAGUACAGCCGUUUGGACACCACAUCCGGGUCAAGUGGGCGGAGUCGGAGACGGACAAGAAUCAGGAGGCCGUACAACACAUCAAGGUCCUCUAUGUGUGCAACCUGCAGCCUCAGACCUCGGAGGAGACCCUCCAGCAGGAGUUCUCCCGCUUCAGUCCGGGCUGCGUGGAACGCGUCAAGAAGUUCAACAGCUACGCCUUCAUCCACUACCGCCACCGCGGCGAAGCCAUGAUGGCGCUCCGGCUCAUGAACGGAGCCCACAUCGACGGCGCCGCCGUGGAGGUCCGGCUGGCCAAGGAAGGGAACGCCGCCAGGAGGAGGUCCAAUGGGCAGGGCAGCCUGGGUGGAGGAGGAGGAGGAGACCUCGGCUCCUCCAAGAGAUCCAAACCUCUGCAGGCUAACCAGGGAAACCCCCUCUAUAACGCCGCAGGAGGAGAGGACCUGUUCCCCCUGCUCCCCGGCACUCCGCUCUCGCCCACCAGCCUGCUGGCCCUGAAGUCCUGUCAGCUCACGUCGGGCGUCUCUCUGCUGGAGUUCCACUGCAUGAGGAUGUUCUGGAGCCCGCCAGAAUACUACCUGUUCUCCACACAGGGCCCCAACGGCAAGCUGCUGCUCAUAUAUAAGGUGGUAAUACCGUCCACUCAGAGAACCUUCAUGCCCAGUGUGCUGUGCCUGCUGCAGGAGAAUGCCAAAGAGUUGGCCGCAAAGUUCACCCUGUGGAGCCUGGGAAGAGGAGUCACUGAGACGGACACCACAGGAGGCCUGCUGUCCAUGAUCUGA